AAGUUCUUGCUUCUAAAUGUCCCAAAAAUUUAAAAACUUGGUACAAAUUUAAUAAAUCUUAAACCUCUUUCAAUGCUUACUAUUUAAGCAGGCCUAAAUAUAUUACUUUGCAACCCCACAAAAAUUAAAUCCAAAGUCCUUUCUUCCCCACCUCUCUCUCUCUCUUUCUUCUUUUCCUCAUAUAGGGAGGAAACACCAAGAACAGCCCCAAUGGCCUCUUCUUUCAAUUUUCUUGCUAAACUAAUUAUAUUUUCCUUCAUUGUCUUGCAAACCCAAGAAUCUCUUGCUUCAAAUAAUCAAACUUCAUUAGUAUUGCCACUCAAAACCCGUAAACAUUCUCAUUUUACCUCAAGACUCGUCACCACCGACUCCUCCCCCGCCAACAAGCUUUUAUUCCACCAUAAUGUUACUUUAACGGUGUCUCUAACGGUGGGUACGCCGCCUCAGAACGUUACAAUGGUUCUUGACACCGGCAGUGAGCUUUCUUGGCUUCAAUGCAAAAAAGCUCCAGGCUUGAACUCCAUUUUUAACCCUCUGGUCUCCAAAACUUACUCUAAGGUUCCAUGUUCUUCUUCAACCUGUAGGACCCGAACCCAUGACCUUACCUUACCUGUUUCCUGUGACUCCGCUAAGUUCUGUCACGUUAUUGUCUCCUACGCCGAUGCUUCCUCUCUUGAAGGAAACCUCGCGUUUGAUACAUUCCGAAUCGGGUCAUCCAGUAAACCCGGUACAAUUUUCGGGUGCAUGGACUCGGGUUUCAGUUCAAAUCCAGAGGAAGACGCGAAAACGACUGGGUUAAUGGGUAUGAACCGUGGGUCAUUAUCAUUUGUUAACCAAAUGGGUUAUCCGAAAUUUUCUUAUUGCAUAUCGGGUAUUGAUUCUUCCGGUGUUUUACUUCUCGGAGAUGCUAGUUUGCCGUGGCUGAAACCUCUGAGUUACACUCCUUUAGUCCAAAUAUCAACCCCAUUACCGUCUUUUGAUCGGGUCGCUUACUCAGUUCAACUCGAAGGUAUUAAAGUUAAUAACAAAAUUUUAUCGCUGCCGAAAUCGGUUUUUGUACCGGACCAUACCGGAGCAGGACAAACCAUGAUGGACUCGGGUACCCAGUUCACAUUCUUGUUAGGACCGGUUUAUACAGCUUUAAAAAAUGAGUUUUUGUUACAAACUAAAGGAGUUUUAAGAGUUCUAAAUGAUGAUAAUUUUGUAUUCCAAGGUGCAAUGGAUUUGUGUUAUUUAAUUGAUUCCUCCCGGCCGAGUUUGCCAAAAUUACCGGUUGUGAGCUUGAUGUUUCAAGGGGCCGAGAUGAGUGUAUCGGGAGACAGGUUGUUGUUUCGGGUACCGAGUGAAGUUAGAGGGAAAGAUUCAGUGUGGUGCUUUACAUUUGGGAACUCUGACUUAUUGGGUGUAGAAUCAUUUUUGAUUGGUCAUCAUCAUCAACAAGAUGUUUGGAUGGAGUUUGAUCUUGAAAAAUCAAGGAUUGGAUUGACUCAGUUUAGGUGUGAUGUUGCUAGUCAAAAGCUUGGCUUGUCCAUGUAAAGACAGAGGAAAACUAUUUUGUUGCAAGAGAGUGUUGGGGAACAAUUGUACAUAUAUACAUGAGAUUUUAUGGACAAUUUUCUGGUCAAAAGUA